UCACUGGCUAUUUAAGAGCGGAGGGGAGAGGAGACACCAGCAAAACAGCAGAAGAGGCGCUCAGAGACACAGUGAAGCCAGGAUCCUCCGCAACUCUUUCAGACUUCUGUGAUGCUGCCUGCGACUUUCAAGCUGUGUGCCGGCAUUUCCUACAGACACCUGCACAGCACAAUGGGCUUGAAGAGACAAGCAGCUGCUGCAAUUGUCCAGGAGCUGAAUAAAUUUGCAGUUACCAGGCCUGGUCCCAGCAAGUGGAUCAAUAAUGUGCGCAGAAGGAGCUCUUUGCUAAGUUCUAGACUGGAAGAGAAUCUCUUCAAUGAAACGGAGAUGUCCUACAUCAAGCAAGGAGAUGAGGCACUUCAGAAAUCACUUAAAAUUCUUGGAGAGCAGGAGGGCUGGAAAACAGAGACAGUGAUGGCCAAUGGUGACAAAGUCCUGAGCAAAGUACUCCCAGAUGUGGGGAAAGUAUUCCGACUAGAGGUGGUGGUUGAUAAACCCCUGGACUGUGUCUAUAGCGAGUUAGUGGAAAGGAUGGAGCAGAUGGGAGACUGGAACCCGAAUGUCAAAGAAGUCAAGAUCUUGCAGAAGAUCGGCAACGACACGAUGAUCACUCACGAAACUGCAGCCCCAACCCCUGGCAACAUAGUUGGGCCACGAGACUUUGUGAGUGUCCGUUGUUCCAAGAGGAGAGGCUCAACCUGUGUCCUGGCUGGCAUGUCCACCACCUAUGCAGCGAUGCCUGAACAGAAAGGAGUUAUUAGAGCUGAGAAUGGCCCCACAUGUAUGGUUCUUCGGCCUCUCCUUGGUGACCCCUCCCAGACCAAGUUAACCUGGCUUCUCAGCAUCGACCUCAAGGGAUGGCUGCCCAAGUCCCUCAUCAACCAAGUCCUCUCUCAAACCCAGGUGGAUUUCGCUAAGCAUCUGCGCAACCAUUUGAGCAGCAAUUCUGCUUCCAUGCAGCAGGCCGUGCGCUGUUGAAGUGGCCGCGCACACGCAACACACUCCUUGUGGCUGAUGAAUCCCUUCCCCGGCUCAUGGACCACUCGCUCAAGGCUCUUCCCCUGGCAGCUGAGGCUCCUGCUCCAGAAAAUGGGUACAGGGACAUCCAUCUUUCCUGCCAAAAGAACAAGCUUCCUGCCUGCUCCUCUGAGGCAGCUUUUGUUAACCUCUCCCCAAAGCAAGAGUGGGAAAUCUUCUUGGUGGUUCUUGUGCUCAGGGGUGGUCUGUUGUGGGUCACAUUUCAGCAGUGGUCAUUGCCAGAGCCAAAAGGCAGAGUAGGCCACACCUUUGUUUCCCUCCUUCAUUUCAUCCCCCUCUCUUUUCUCACAUCCACACCAUACACUGAAGCACUUACGCCGUUUUAAUUAUCAUGGCUUCCCCCAAAGAAUCAUGGGAACUGUGCUUGAUUAAGGGUGCUGAUCUCACAGAACUUGACUUCCCAACACCCUUGACCAACUACAGCUCCCAGGAUUCUCCUUGAGUAUUAAAGUAGCUGUGAUAUGGCGUAGCUGUGAUCUCUCUCUUAAGCUUGCAAGGGGAGGGACAAAUCACUCUUCUCAGAGGUUCAAAACGAUUGCUUUCAGAAAUCUUUUGAAAUUAGGCAGAUGGGCUGAAGGUUGCACUCCCCCCCCCCCCCAGUUCAAAGGAUUGAACAGCAGAAAAAUUCAUCCUAGGUGCUUCACUGAUCCUUUGAUGACAAAGUGCACGACUACAUUUUGCAGCCCCGGGUUUGUUAAAGAGGUUUCCUUUUGAAAGGUGUAUCUGAAAUACCCCGAGAACAGAGCCAAGUUAAUUGAGCUCACAGAACAACUUAAGCUAUGAUCUUACUUUUUAAAAACCAGUAGAAUUUAGUGCCAUCUAUAUUUUAAUUUAGUGCAUUUAUUGUCCCACCCUUUUGUUCCAGGAGCAUGGGGUAUGCAUGUUCCCCCCAUUUCCCCACUCCUAAGAAUGGUGGGUUAGGCUUG